AUGAAUCACGAUCAUGGUGGUCAUGCCGGUCAUGCUGGGCAUAUGAUUCCUACUACUCCUUCAACAAUGAAUCAUAGUAAUCAUGUAGUGAAUAAAAUAAUCGCUUCCGUUCCAGUUCACAGUGGACACGCUUCUCAUAUGCAGCAUAUGAUGAUGGCAAUGACUUUUCAUGGUGGUUUUACCGAAAAAAUUUUAUUCGAUUGUUGGAAUACAGAAACCAUUGGUGCCUUCAUUGGAUCUUGGUUUAUUGUUUUUUUUGUUGCCAUACUCUAUGAAGGUUUAAAAACUGUUCGAGAUCAUCUAGCAAAACAAGAAGUAUGCCGUCAAUAUCCGGAUGAGAAUAAUCGUCAAUCACCACUUGUACGGCAGCAUGAUCAACCGUAUGAUCGUCCUAAUAAUACUGAUUUGAUACCAAGAGUUAGAACAGAAACUAACCGUCCUAAACGUGCUCGUUUAUUAAGUACUUAUCAUAUAAUUCAAACUCUAUUACAUGUACUUCAAAUGGGUAUUAGCUAUCUAUUGAUGUUAGUAGCUAUGACAUUUAAUACAUAUCUUUUUCUUGCUGUCAUAUUUGGCGCUGGUUUAGGCCAUUUCUUAUUUGGUUGGCGUCGUUCAUCUAUUAUUGAUUAUAAUGAACAUUGUCAUUGA